CCGCGUUGAAACGAAUUAACGAAAUUUUCGUCGGAUCGGGAAUACGAUAAAGAAAACGUGUAUUCGUUCGGUGACAGCAGGAGUGUCAAACGCUUUUUCAUUCGGGUUUCCACGCGAUGUUUAUGGUUUCCCGGCACUCUGAUAUUCGAUCCAAAGGUGACCAGUGAAACAUCGUAGCCGCAUGAUCGUGUCGACGAUAUUCUCGAGCGUGACGGGUUUCCAUCGGCGACAUUCGAACGACGCCGGACGAAAUGCCGAGCUGACGAUGGAAACGGAGGUGCGGACGCUCAAGCAAGAGCUGGUUCGUACCCAGGAAGCCCUAAAGGCAGCCACGAAGAGAUGCCGUGAUCUGGUGAAAGAGCUGGACAAUCGCACUGCGAGCCACGAGUCCGAGAGGAGUCUUCGAGAUCAACAGCUAUCGCGGAUACUCCGUGCCCUGCUGGUGCUGGAGGCACGGCUGAAGCAGGAGCAGAAGUCCAUCAGGCAGCUGCUCUGUGAGAAGGACAACGUGAUCAGGAACCAGCAGCUCGAAAUCGCUAGGCUCAGACGUUACACCAAGAAUUAUAUCAAAUGUAAACGCGAGCAGACACUCGGUAAAGCGUUGAUGAAGGUCGGCACGACGACCGAUAUCGACAAUACCGAUCUGCAAACGUCUAAUGCCGAUGCCAGCUUGAGGCAGGAUUGCAGCAUUAGUAAAGACAUACAGAACCUGAAGUGCGAGAUAAUCACAAAACUGAAUCCGUCGGAGGUACCUGUUGCACUCGACGACCUGGACAGAGGGGUGAAGAAGACACACAGCUUCGCCGGGAGCGAUAUCUCGAAAACGAGUCUGACGAGCAGCGAGAACACGGAUGUGUCGAUUAUCACAACCACCACAGAGGGCAGCCCCUCGUUGCUCAGCACCGAGGGUUUCUGCGAGGGCGAAAGCACCGACGUAUCCCCGGGCUCGACUCUAAACAAAUCCAACAGGUGUACACCGACUAUGGUCACCGACAGCGAAAAUGAAACGACAAUGAUCUACGACGACGAUGACGACGAGGAGACUAUGAUAAUGGAGAACGGUUUGAAGCUGACGAGGAAGAAGGCGGGAAUCGGCAGGUCGAGGAUGCAAAAGGCUUGCAAGGAAACGGAUGUAAUUGCGUCGACGAAUAUCUCGAGGACUGAGAGUAAAGACGACGGAAUGGACUGUAAUUUCGUGUCGGAAGACGAAGAGAAAGAGCAAGAGCCUAUCUAUGUGAACGCUUGCAACGAGACAAAUUCGAGGAACCUGGAACACACGGACAGUGUGAUCACGGAGUUGCCGAAGAUUAACGAGGAUUAUAGUAAUAAUAACAGUAGUGGAAAUCUUGGAAAUACUAAUAACAAUAAUAAUAGCGUAUCUCUGAAAAUGGAAAUCGACGAGCACAACGUAGAAGAGACCAGCGGGAACUGGUACAGCGAUCCUGAUGAGGAUAAAAUGAACGACGAUGUCUUUAGACAUAGUACGUAUCGACCAAACAGCAACCAUAAUUCAGUUUUGGAGUGCGUUAACCAGAUCCUCUUGCGAGACAUGGAGGAAGAAGAAAGUAUCCUUUCCGUGCCUAGGAGAUUCAAGCAUCGAGGGAGAAUCGUCCGGUUUCAACCAGCUAAAUUAUCAGACAUCGAGUCAGUAGGAUCUGAAAUGGAGAGGAAGAACUCCGAAGAAGGAAUUAUCGAGAAAGAAUCAGUGAGCAACGAGUUCACCGAUGUUCCUGCCAACAGUUUUGAGCCCACUGCUACAGAAGAUGAAUUUGGCAUGAGUCUUACUCAGAGUGUUUCAACGUCGAAUGUUGCGACCACAAUCGCGAAUCACGAGUCGAGCCUCGAGGAAGAGUCAGAAGAAUCGAAAGCUAUCCCAAUUGUCAUUAUAGAGCCAAAGGUCGAGGUGGAAGAGACACGGCACGCAACUUUCUCCUCUUCACAGGUAACACAGAAAACAAAGACGUCUGUGAAUGCGACAAACCCACCCUUAAAAUUAGAGCGAAUCGAAGAGAAGACAUGUUUACAGAUGUCUACGAAAGGGCUGACUAUAGCAAAGAAUUUGGACUAUGAGGAUAUUGAAUCGCUUCCAGAAAUCAUAUCACCACCACCUAAAACGCCACCUGCACUGCCGCCCAAGCCGCAGUUUAAGAACAAUACGUUAAUCCUAAAGAAAAUCCCUAGUCCCUCGUUUCUAAUUGACGAAACGCGGAAAAAGCAGCAGCUCCUCGAAUCCAAUUCGUCUGAACACACCAAGAAGAUCUUUGGUUUUAUAUCCUCUCCUUUAAAAUCUGCCGGAAUUAAUGUGUCAUCUGCAAGAAGUUUGAAUUUCGACGAUGCUAUUAACAAAGUUACAGGGAACAACGAGGAAGGAAAUUUUUGGAAGAAUAGGUUCAAUAACGUUCGAUCUUCCUUCCAAGCACGACAAAACCACGAAACUAGCGGGGAACAGACGCGAAAAAUUCCCCGAGUCACCAAUAUCGUACGCCAUUUUGAGGAAUUCAAAAUUGGCGGAGAAUCGGAGGAUCAAACGAAGGAACGCACGAAAACGAAAGAAAAACACGUUCAUUCAGAAUUCGAUCAAGAGUUUGAUAUCAGACAGAAUUUUGAAGAAUUCAAUCUAGACGAAUGCGAUCUAUCGGAUGAUCCUGAUAGACCAGAGGGUGAUGGAUCAGAAAGGCUCGGCAAUCUUGGGGCGACGGUUAGUCAGAACGAGAAAACUGCCGCAACCAAAGACAAUAAUAAUGUUCCUCUUGCUGCGAGCAAUUCGAGCAGUGGCUACGAUCACUUCCUAGAAGCGACAGGUCUUAGCAAUAAAUCUAUAUUGACACCCUCGAGGUUGCUGAGCAACCACAAGAGUAUGCUGAAGCCGAAAGACGUGAAGUAUAAGAAUAAGAUCAAGGCGACAGCUGUAAUGGAGAAGCACGGUAUUUCUACGACAAAUAAUACUACUCAUGUUAGACAUUGGACAGGCCCAUUCGUCUGACGACUGGCUCAAGUUUUUCCAAAAAGUCUGUUCCGACAAGAAGCGUCUGCCGAAGGAACGUGAAUGAUAAGUAAAUGAGAAUUAGUAAUUAUGAUAGAAACUAAUGGAAAU